AUGUCGGAUUCAUGUCAACGACAACAACAGGGGGACACAAAAUGGCGGCGGCUUAGCUCCUACCCCUGGCGGCGGCGGCAGCGGUGGCGGAGGCGACGGCACCUCCUCCAGGCGGCAGCCGCGGCUUCUUUCUCAGGCAGCGGCAGCGCCCCCAGCAGCCCCGUGCCGAUCCCAUUCCAAUAUGCAGCUUCUGUCUGGGGACAAAAGAAUCAAAUCGUGAAAAGAAACCAGAAGAACUCCUCUCUUGUGCAGAUUGUGGCAGUAGUGAAAAUAGAGUGUGAAAGUGGAGUAGAAGACUGUGGCCGGUAUCCUUCUGUAAUAGAAUUUGGGAAAUAUGAAGUCCAAACCUGGUACUCCUCGCCUUACCCACAGGAAUAUGCAAGAUUACCAAAGCUUUACCUGUGUGAAUUCUGUCUUAAAUAUAUGAAAAGUAAAAAUAUUUUGUUAAGACACUCAAGGAAAUGUGGAUGGUUUCAUCCUCCAGCAAAUGAAAUUUACCGAAGGAAAGACCUUUCAGUAUUUGAGGUUGAUGGGAAUAUGAGCAAAAUUUAUUGCCAAAACCUUUGCUUGUUAGCCAAGCUCUUCCUGGACCACAAAACGUUGUAUUAUGAUGUCGAGCCAUUCCUUUUUUAUGUCCUUACAAAAAAUGAUGAAAAGGGCUGUCAUCUGGUUGGAUACUUCUCUAAGGAAAAGCUUUGCCAGCAGAAGUAUAACGUCUCCUGCAUAAUGAUCAUGCCCCAGCACCAAAGGCAAGGAUUUGGACGGUUUCUCAUUGAUUUCAGCUAUUUGCUUUCUAAGGAAGGCCAAGCAGAUUCUCGAAAGCCACUCUCUGAUCUGGGCCGUCUCUCCUACCUGGCCUACUGGAAGAGUGUAAUCUUAGAAUAUCUCUACCACCACCAUGAGCGGCACAUCAGCAUCAAGGCCAUCAGCAGAGCUACGGGCAUGUGCCCACAUGACAUCGCCACCACUCUGCAGCACCUCCACAUGAUUGACAGAGGGACGGCAGAUUUGUCCAUCAUUAGACGGGAAAAGUUGAUAUUGGGCCACAGAAAGUUGAAAACCUGUUCCCGGACUAAUGAGCUUGAUCCAGAGAGUCUGAGGUGGACCCCAAUUUUAAUUUCUAAUGCUGCUGUUUCUGAAGAAGAACGAGAAGCUGAAAAAGAGGCUGAGCGGCUAAUGGAACAAGCUAGCUGCUGGGAAAAGGAGGAGCAAGAAAUCCUGUCAUCUAGAGCUAACAGUAGGCAAUCACCUGCAAAAGUACAAUCGAAAAAUAAAUAUUUGCAUUCCCCGGAGAGCCGGCCAGUGGCAGGGGAGCGAGGGCAGCUAAUGGAGCUGUCUAAAGAGAGCAGUGAAGAGGAAGAGGAAGAGGAGGAAGAGGAGGAAGAGGAGGAAGGAGGAGAGGAGGAAGAGGAAGGAGGAGGAGGAGGAGAAGAAGAAGGAAAUAUUCAAAGCUCUCCUCCAAGGUUGACUAAACCACAGUCAGUUGCCAUAAGAGAAAGGCCUUUUGUGCUAAAGAAGAAAAGGGGUCGUAAACGCAGAAGGAUCAACAGCAGUGUAACAACUGAGACCAUUUCAGAGACGACAGAAGUACUGAACGAGCUUGACAACUCAGACGAAGAGAGGCCAAUGCCACAGCUGGAGCCUACCUGUGAGAUUGAAGUAGAGGAGGAUGGCGGGAAGCCAGUGCUGAGAACAUUCCAACAUCAGCCUGGGAAGAAAAGACAGACAGAGGAAGAGGAAGGAAAAGACAAUCAUUGCUUUAAGAGUGCUGACCCUUGUAGAAACAAUAUGGAUGAUGAUGCAAAUAACUUGAAAGAAGCCAGUGAGGACAAUCCUGAACCUCUAAAGUGCAAACAGUGGCCAAAAGGAACAAAGCGUGGUCUAUCUAAGUGGAGACAAAACAAAGAGAGGAAGACUGGAUUUUUUAAACUGAACUUGUACACCCCGCCAGAAACACCCAUGGAGCCCGAUGACCAGGUAACAGUGGAAGAACAGAAGGAGACUCCAGCAGACAAACCAGCCCCCGCUCCCACCAGGACUGAGGAGGAGGUCAAGGAAGCCGUGGAACCCCUGCUGCCUGGGGACGAAAACAGAAGGGAGGAAGUGUGUGCACCUGUAAGUCCAAAUAAAUCGCCAGGUGAAAAACCUGAAGACGAUCUAAUCAAACCCGAGGAGGAAGAGGAGGAGGAGGAGGAGGAGGAGGAAGAGGAGGAGGAAGAAGAAGGAAAUGUAGAAAAAGACCCCUGUGGUGCCAAAAGUCAGGAAAGAGAGGAGCCCGACGUCUGCACGGACAAAGAAGACCCUGUGCAUUUGGAUGAUCAUGAAGAGGAGGAGGAAGAGGAUGAAGAGCCAUCUCACAAUGAGGGGCAUGAUGCAGAUGAUGAAGAUGACAGUCACAUGGAGUCUGCCGAAUCGGAGAAGGAAGAACGCCCAAGAGAAGCCUUCAAAGAAGUACUGGAAAACCAGGAGGCUUUUUUAGACCUUAGUGUGCAGCCUGAUCAUUCAAACCCAGAGGUCCUAAUGGACUGUGGCGUUGACCUUACAGCUUCGUGUAACAGUGAACCUAAGGAGCUUGCUGGAGCCACUGAAACUGCCCCUGAAUCUGAUGAGGAACCCACAGGAGAACAGGCACAGGAGCAGGACCGAAAGAACAGUGAAGAAGUAGAUUCUGAGUUCAAAGAGGGAAACACAGCAACCUUGGAAAUCGACUCUGAGACCGUCCAAGCGGUUCAGUCCUUGACCCAGGAGAACAGUGAACAGGACGAUACCUUUCAGGAUUGUGCCGAGACUCAAGAGGCCUGUAGAAGCCUACAGAACUACACCCACGCAGACCAAAGCCCACAGAUCGCCGCCGCUCUAGACGACUGCCAGCAGUCGGACCACAGCAGCCCAGUUUCAUCCGUCCAUUCCCACCCCAGCCAGUCAGUACGUUCUGUCAACAGCCCAAGUGUCCCUGCCCUGGAAAACAGCUAUGCCCAAAUCAGCCCAGAUCAAAAUGCCAUCUCAGUGCCAUCUUUGCAGAACAUGGAAACCAGUCCAAUGAUGGAUGUCCCAUCCGUUUCAGAUCACUCACAGCAAGUCGUAGACAGCGGGUUUAGUGACCUGGGCAGUAUCGAGAGUACAACUGAGAACUACGAGAACCCCAGCAGCUAUGAUUCCACGAUGGGUGGUGGCAGCAUUUGUGGAAACGGCUCUUCACAGAACAGCUGCUCCUAUAGCAACCUCAGCUCCAGCAGUCUGACACAGAGCAGCUGCGCUGUCACCCAGCAGAUGUCCAACAUCAGUGGGAGCUGCAGCAUGCUGCAGCAGACCAGCAUCAGCUCUCCCCCGACCUGCAGCGUCAAGUCCCCUCAAGGCUGCGUGGUGGACAGGCCCCCGAGCAGCAGCCAGCAGCUGGCUCAGUGUAGCAUGGCAGCUAACUUCUCGCCGCCCAUGCAGCUGGCUGAGAUCCCCGAGACCGGCAGUGCCAGCCUUGGCUUAUAUGAACGGAUGGGUCAGAGUGAUUUUGGGGCUGGGCAUUACCCACAGCCGUCAGCCACCUUCAGCCUUGCCAAACUACAGCAGUUAACUAAUACACUUAUUGAUCAUUCAUUGCCUUACAGCCAUUCCGCUGCUGUAACUUCCUAUGCAAACAGUGCCUCUUUGUCCACACCAUUAAGUAACACAGGGCUUGUUCAGCUUUCUCAGUCUCCACACUCCGUCCCUGGGGGACCCCAAGCACAAGCUACCAUGACCCCACCCCCCAACCUGACUCCUCCUCCGAUGAAUCUGCCACCGCCUCUUUUGCAACGGAACAUGGCGGCAUCAAAUAUUGGCAUCUCCCACAGCCAAAGACUGCAAACCCAGAUUGCCAGCAAGGGCCACGUCUCCAUGAGAACCAAAUCGGCAUCUCUGUCACCAGCCGCCGCCACCCACCAGUCGCAAAUCUAUGGGCGCUCCCAGACUGUAGCCAUGCAGGGUCCUGCACGGACUUUAACGAUGCAAAGAGGCAUGAACAUGAGUGUGAACUUGAUGCCAUCCCCGGCCUACAAUGUCAACUCUGUGAACAUGAACAUGAACACUCUCAAUGCCAUGAAUGGGUACAGCAUGUCCCAGCCGAUGAUGAACAGUGGCUACCACAGCAAUCAUGGCUACAUGAAUCAAACACCCCAAUACCCUAUGCAGAUGCAGAUGGGCAUGAUGGGAACCCAGCCAUAUGCCCAGCAGCCAAUGCAGACCCCGCCCCACAGUAACAUGAUGUACACGGCCCCCGGGCAUCACGGCUACAUGAACCCGGGCAUGUCCAAACAGUCUCUCAAUGGGUCCCUACAUGAGAAGGUAGGUAGGCAAAAUGGGCAGUCACAGAACCCCUGGGCAUCACUCUCGGAUUGAUCUGCACAAAUACCUUUGAAGAGUACGAUUUCAAAACCAGCAAUUGGUGUGAAUGCAAAAAACAUUUGUUGGCACCAUUUAUUUAAAAAAAAAAAAAAAAAAAAGCUGUAUGCAGCAGAAAGCCUUAUACAAGUUGUUUUUCUUUCUUCUUUUUUCUUUUUUCCUUUUUCUUUUUUGGUACCUUUGUUUCUGUUACUUUUAUAUGAAAUUCUCUGCAAAGGAAGGCCUCUCUUUGGACUACAGUUUGGAGGCAGCCACUUGCUGUGCCUGCUUCCAUUAAACAAUGUGGAUAUCAAGCCCCGUGCCCCAGCCCACCCCCAAUUAUCUGUUUUAAUACUGAACCUAGAGUUUUUUUUUUCUUCCCCGUCUACUCCAUGUAAAUGCCUUUAGCAUUUCAGUUAUUGUAUAUUUUGUUUGAGGUGACACUUCAGCAUGCCGCUAAUGUCUUUGUUAGUGACAGUGCAUUUUGUAGUACUGUACAAGUGUUGUGCUAACGGUAAGCCAUUUCUUAAGUUUUUUGCCUUGAUUAGGGUGCCCUAAUUUGAGGGUUAAAAAAAAAACUAUAUUUUUGUUAAUUAUAAAACUGUAAAGAGCUAUAAAAGCUAUUCCCAUUUGGUUAGUCAAAAGGGUUUUAUUGCUAAAUGUUUGGUGUAAAGUUGAGACCCUUUUCCAUUUUGGUGACAGAUUUCUUUGGGGAAAAAAAGGCAGCUUUCUGUUUUAUAAAUGCAGACUUCUGUUUAUUGAAUGAAGCAUAUCUCAGUGUUUAUCUGUCAGGUUUUGAAACAUUUCAUAUAUGUCCAAAUACUUGGCAGGAUUUAAAAAAAAAUAGUGAAUUUGGUGUAAAGUUGCUAUUUUAUGGAAAUGCCUCUAACUUUACAUUUUCAUUCCAUCUGUAGAUUUUUCUAUCUUUAUAAAAUAUUGGAGUUAUUUUUUAAGGAAAAAUAGAGAAGUAGCUUGUGAAUAGCUCAAACUAAGCUUACAAAUCGCAUGUAAAAAAGCAAAAAAGUUAGUUUGUGUCUGUUAUAUUGCUUCCUUUUUUGUAGCCUUUGUACCUGUACAGGGUGACUGUAAGGGCCAAGCAGGGGAGAGGCGUAAUCCUUGUAUAAAAUAGAGCCAGCGACACUCUUGUAAUUUAUCUGUUCUCUUUUAGUCAGUCACUUCAAAAAAAAAAAAAAAACAAAAACAAAAAAA